AUGACUUUGUUGCGGAGCCUCCGCCUGACUCGGCCUACCCUGUGCCGCUUCGCGGCGCAGGUGCCCAAGACUGUAGAGCCGAGCGGGGUGACACCCACGUAUCCGGCUGUCUAUGGCCGCUGUGAGGAGACCGUGAUGUCACCCUACAAAGGUGGCCCAGUGUAUUUGUGGUUGCGCUCCAGCAUUGUGUGGUUACGCAGAUUCCCCGGGCGCCACUGGAUCCGUUGGCUGUACUUCAAUUGGGACUACCAGAAGAUGUGCUUGAUUGGCAUGCCUGAAAUGCACAUUGAUCCAACCAAGAACCGCUGGAGGUACUACAUUGACACAAGCUAUUACGGUGGCAUGCUGGACAAGUCCCACGAGGACUUCAAUCGUUACAUCAUGCUUUACCCCGCCAUUGCCUUCUUCCUUCACUGCACUUGGUGCCGUAUCAAGGACAAUGACAAAGACAACUUUCUGGCCAAGUGGCGUGUUCCAGCGGAGGAGGCCUAA